AUGUAUACAAAAUUUGAUAAAUGUUUAGAAACACAUAAUUGUUAUAAAGUUGAAACAAUUGGUGAUGCUUAUAUGUUAGCUAGUGGUGUACCUGAACGUGCACGAAAUCAUGCAGCAGAAAUUAUUGAUAUGGCAUUUGAUAUGCUUGAUUCAAUUGUUACAGUAACAAAUCCAACUAAUAAUGAAAAACUUAAAAUUCGUAUUGGUUGUCAUAGUGGUCCAGUAGUUGCUGGUAUAGCUGGUAUUAAAAUGCCACGUUUUUGUCUUUUUGGUGAUACAGUAACAACAGCAAAUAAAUUGGAACAAACGAGUAAAGCAUUACAUAUUCAUAUCACGGAUGCAACAUAUCAAUUAUUAGAACGUAAAACCUAUGAAGUUCAAGAACGUCCAAAAAUGACAAUAAAUGGUGCAAUAACUGUAACAACAUAUUUUAUAUUGAAUAAAAAAGAUCGUUCAGGCAAAGUUAUAUCACGUCCAUUUCAAGCUAUAUUAGCUGAUAUGAAACGACAAGAUGCUGAAGAAGCAAAAUUAAAACAAUCAAGUAGUCUUAAAGGUACAACGGCGCAAAAUUCAUCUCAACCAAUACCAAAAGAAAAUGGUUUUAUUCAAUCAUCACAAAGUAAAAAUGAUUCAAAUUCUUUACCAACUGAAUCUAAUUUAGUACAAAUACCAACGACAAUAAAUAAAGAUGAAGAUCCUACAACACAUUUUAUGCAACGUUCUUUGGCAAAAGCUAAAUUAGGUGAUGAACAAUCACUUAAAACAGCAGAAACUAUAAGUGAACAAAAUAAUGCAUCAAAACUUUUUAGCAGACCACAGCGUAGUCGAGCAUGUGAACUUCUUUAA